AUGGCCUACCAAGCUCUGUCGGAACUGAAACCCGGAGUGAAGAACUGGAAUGUCUGCGUUCAUGUCUCCCACCUGUGGAAAUACCGCGGUGGCACCGACAUUGGUCCGGUGCAACAUGUAGAUAUGGUUCUGGUCAAUAACAAGAUUCAUGGUGUCGCUUGCCACACUAUUGUGGAAGCAGUGGCUGACAUCCAAGAUGGCUUUCUGGAGUUUGUGUACGACCCUAUUCCGUUUCUGGACCUCGCAGCCUAUGUGGGAGAGAACAAGCGCUUUGUGCAUCAGUUACUUAAGUUCAUUGCAAAAUUUUCAAAACAUCCAAAUGGCAAGGUAUUGCUAUGGAAAAUGGGAAUUGCACGGGUUCUUAAUAAGUUGCUAAAGAACUGCAGCAACGCAUCUUACUUGGAAGAUAAAGCGAUCUCUGAAAGAGGAGCCUACAGAAGUGACCAACUUAUGCUCAAAUGGAGGAUUCCCUUAUUCAGAUGUCUCGCAUCUAUCUUCAGUGCCCAGCCAUCUGGCAAAGAGCAGACUGCUAUUGAAGAGUCCUCAGAGAAUGCUAGCGUUGAGGAGUGCUCUUCUAUCAUGCAUCACCUCUUGGUCUUAUGCCAGGCUCUCCCUAUAUUCCUUGACAGGAUUUUCAAUCCUGUUCUUGCAAUUAUAUUGUCAGUGACAUUUGUUCUUGCCUUUGGGGAGGUAAUGCAUCUUAUGUCCAGGCAUUUAUAUUUCUGUUACCGGCCCACAGAUUAUCUGAUUGAUCAUCACAUUUCGACAAUCAGGUUAUACCUCAAGCAAUAUGUACCAGGUAUGGGCUGGCAGUGGGUGCUUGCUUUGUUUGGCUCGUACGCAUCGUCAUGUUCAUUGCGUAUCCUAUUGCUUACCCUAUUGGGAAGGUAAAUCAGCAAAGUCACAUUACUCAAUAUAAAAGUGUUAAUUUGUACUGUAUCAUAAUCAUGUGAAGCUUAUCGAGUGGCCUAGAUUUUGAAUUCCAAUGAAUUAGACUAUUAUUAUGAGGCCUGGGCUCACUGCUCUUUGGUGCCAUUGUUGAUGGACAAGGUCAUGAAGUGAUAUUUUGGUUACACUUCUCUAAUUAGGAGAUUUUGGUAACAUGCGUGCAAGUGCU